ACUGAGCCAAUGGAGCACCUUUCGAGGACUUCUAUCCCGUGACCUUGGGGCCUAAUAUAAAAUGGUUGGCUUGGUGGUUGGUUGAUUUUAUUUUUGUCCAUCCGGGUUUGAGAUGUGCUCAUAAGUUCUCACUCACAGAAAAAACUUUAUGAACAUUUAUGAGACUUACGAGCCAGCAUCUAUCUACAAAUGACGACAAAAAUGCUCGUUACCGGGGUCCUGCAAGUUCUCGGUCAUUUAAAAAACCGAUUCAGGACAAACUGGAAAUUCUUUCAGUAUCAAAAAUUUCACCAGAAUUUCGUGAAGUUGGGAUUUUAUCAGGUUAUCGCAAGCCGUCGGCGUCACUUGCAUUAGGUAUCUGGUCUGUUUUCCAAAUGCACAAUGAAACCUUGAAUAUAUGGACACAAAUCAUACCAGCCAUUUAUUUUAUUGUUGAACUAGUCCUGAAUUUUUUUCACGUUGGCGAACGUUUCCUUCUUAUAUAUCUAAUUACCGCUGUUAUAUUCCUGUUCACAAGUUCUUGCGCUCAUACAUUUAGUUGUUUGUCCCCUAGAGCUCGACACAUAUGUUUCUUUCUUGACUAUAUUGGGAUUUCACUGUAUUCUUAUGGCUCCACUGUUUGCUACUAUGCGUUUGCCCUGCCAGUUGGAUUUUUGCGUCCUUCACCUUUUUUUAAUCUUAAUCUUAGUGAUAUAUUCUUGUUCAUCUCAGCAUUGUUUUGUAUCUGUGGUACGUACUUAUCAUGUCACACCAGAUUUUGGAAACCUUCGAUUUUUCGUAACACCAUUAGAAUGGGAGCGUUUGGGAUUAUUUUGUUUUACGUCGGAACUCCGAUUCUUUGGCGUUCAUAUACCUGUAAGUAUAUGGCAAGUGAAUAUGAGUCUUCUGAAUGCAGUUCACUAUAUUAUUGGAACUUGCAUUUUAUGUCAAUGUUUUCUGCAGGAUUUUUGUUUGUCUCACACUUUCCUGAAAGGCUUUUUCCAGGAAGAUUCGAUGUUUUUGGUCAUAGUCAUCAAAUAUUUCACAUAUUAAGUGCCUUCGGUUCUAUUACACAAUAUUAUGCACUUAGGAUUGAUCUCCAGGAGCGUAACGCCAAAUUAAGACAAAUGUCGCACGCACCUUCAAUUCCUUUCUCCCUGCUUUGCCUCAGUCUGGUCGUAUUUUGUAACUUUAUUAUUUUUCUAAAAUUUUACAAACGUCUUGGUGUCGUCAUAGGAUGCAAAAGAUUGUAAUUAUGUUUAUGUAACUGCUUUGUGUCAUACGUUUCAGACUUCUGUAUCUCAGCUUCUUCACCGUUUUCCAUAUUUUCAUUUUUGACCAAUUUGUUUGGUUCUGAGAGAUUCAUUGUUUUCCAGCACAUAAACAUCCCACAAAUCCUGUUUUUACGCUUGUUACUGUUGUCUUUUUAGAUUAAAGUAGCUUAUUUCACCGAUCGAACUACAUGUACAUUGCAAAUGAUAAUUAUUUUCAGAUAAACUUCCUGUUCUUAAUAAUUUUCGGUUGGACGUAAUAUAUUGUUUGAAAGUAUGAAUGUUGAUGUAGUAGGUUAGCCCAGCUCAAACACAUUUCUCGCUGCUUCUCUUAACCUAGUUUAAUUUAGCUGGUCCUACUUAACAGACCAUCUUGAGUUACCCUACCGUUUCCUAACUAGAUUCCAAUUGAUUACUUCCAUCUGAAGUGUAUACUGACAAUGUUAUCUAGAAAGACUAUGGAAGCAUUGCAGUUAAACCCCACCACUUAAAAGAUUCAACUCUGUGAAAGUUAAAAAACAUCCUUAUCGUUUCACAGGUCAAUUAUUCUAAACGUAAAUUUUGGAUUUUCUUGCAAAUGUUACUAAACAUUAUCAUCGCUAUUAUGCCUCCUGUUCACCUAAUACACAGUAGAUUGGUAUCAGAAAAUGUUUUACUCACCGGAUGUCAUUCAGUUGUUUGCCUCGAAUAUGAAGUUUUAUAAACUAAUUAUUUAAAAUAGCAUGACUCAAUUUUCUUCAAGGAAUUGAGUCAAAGUCCAUUACUUCCGUACAUUUAUUGAUGCUCAGUUAUUGAAAUCUUCAUGAAACUUCCAUUUGUUGUAAACUUCUAAAUAUUGUAUCAUACAUGCAUGUAUUUCGUCAAAAAGCUUGCUUCUAGUCUGCAACGAAAUCACUGCUAUUUUCAGUCUUCAUUUCUUUUGUUAUAAUAAGUUUUUAGUCAGCCAUGAGAAAAUUAGAGAACACCAUGUUUUUGAUUAGUGAACUAGCACUCUUUGUCUAGAGCAUUCAACAGCCGAAUCAACAAACUCACUUCAAUGUUUCCUUGUUUAAGUGAGAGCAUUUGUGCUGCAUAUGGCACAGUUUGAACAGUUAUGAGUAAUAAUUGUGUUGUAUAUCACUGUUUUACCUUACGAAAUUCCAUGCUAUAUGGAUAUCCAAUGACUGAGCACCUCUGUAGAAUUGUCCCGUAUUUCUUGAAUGUCUGCACUGAAAAUAGUAAGCCUUUAAGCCCAGUAUAUAGAUCUCUAUUUGGCAAAUGAAUCGCGUUUAAAAUUUAAGUUGUCUGAGUUUUUGAUGAAUUUGUAAAAUGAUUUUGGCAGAACCAAACCGCCCGCUUUAUUUCCUGGUCAAUACCCAGUUUCUUUGUGAAAAAAUGUUACACAAAUUAAAAACCAGUUGACAAAAGUCCAUUCUAAUGUCCUUUACCAAAUCAUUCUUUCAAAGCGUAACAUAUUAAUUAUGAUUGCACUUAUUGAAUAAAGGCUGAGCUAUCUAUCUUUAGUUUUAAAAAUGUUCAGUAGUCACUUAUUUUGCCAAUAGAUGCUAGUUUCCAGUAAUUUUUCCACUGUCAAACAUAGACAACCUUUUUUCACCAUUUUGAUUUGUCAUGAUUCACGGUUUUUUUCUGUAUCUUUCUGCGGUCGAUUAUUAUUAAGUAAAAUCUGUUGUGCACACUUUGAUAAAAGAAAAGAUUAUGUGGGUGGGAUCCUAACUACAUAUAUUGUAGUCGAUUGCAAUGAUACAGUUGGACUCUUUUCUUACAUUAUUUUCAGUCGUGAUUAUUUUACUCCACACUUAUUCAAUUUGCUUACAGUUAUCUCUGUAACGCUUUGAUUGUCAUCCUUUUCAUAUGAUUUCCUCUUCUGAUGGUCGCCUUGUCGUUUUGAUACGCUAUGACAAAGGCGAUUGAAACAUUUAUACCAGAUUCUUUAUUAUUUUCUUGCAAACAUUCUGGAUUUGAUAUUUCUACAUAAUGAAGCUAUAAUUGAUACACUUUUUUAAUUCUGAAUUAGGUGCCAUUAUAAGUGUAAAAUAUUAGCUGCUAGUUGUUA